ACAGAUUUCACAAUUUCCAAAUUCAUUCAAUUUUCUAACAAACCCACAGUCUCCUUACCCUUGUUACCUACUUUAGAAAAAACCUACGGCACUCUUCCUCUCCAUCAUCAUCAUCUCUAUAAAACAUCAAAUUCAAAACCCUUUCUUGAUAUUGCCUUAGAAGAAUGAAAUUUGAAGAAGAAGAAGAAGAGCAGCAGCAACACUUCCAUGUGUUGGCUGUUGAUGACAGUCUUGUCGACAGGAAGCUGUUAGAGAGACUGCUUAAGAUUUCAUCAUACCAAGUGACAUUUGUGGAGUCAGGAAAUAAAGCUUUGGAAUAUCUGGGACUGCUUGAUCAUGAUAAUCCACACCCCUCUUCCCAACAAGAGGGAAUGAAAGUGAACUUAAUCAUGACGGAUUACUGUAUGCCUGGGAUGAGCGGCUAUGACUUACUCAAACGCGUCAAGGGAUCUUCUUGGAAAGAUGUCCCAGUCGUGGUCAUGUCAUCAGAGAAUGUACCAUCAAGAGUUACCAUGUGCUUGGAAGGAGGAGCAGAAGAAUUUAUGCUGAAGCCUCUGAAGUUAUCAGAUGUCAAGAAGAUUCAGUCAUACCUUCUGAAAUCCAUGGAUCAGUCCUAUACAAAUAGCGAAAUUGGACUAAUUGAAAACGGCAACCACAAUACCAACAGCUGUUGUAGAAGCACCAGCAACACAGACACUACCAGCGACGUCAACAACAGCACACAGAAAACCGAUGACAGCAGCAAGGAUGAUAAUAGUUGUAAGUGCAACAAAAACUAUAGCAAGAGAAAGGCAAUGUCUCCUAACGCCUCAGAAAGAAGACCUAAAAUCAAAGUAUGAUACUGGGGGUGCCCUCCCUUACACGCAGGGUUUGUACUUAGGUCAAUGCGAUUUCCAAAUAUCAUGUUCUAAACAACAGGCUUUCUUUCUAGCAGAAUUCUUAUAUAUUAAAAUUGCAUCAACUAU